AUGUUAAAACUUCAAUUCUCAUCGUUAUCUCCGGCCAAGCCACCACCAGCUGGAACCCAAUUGAAAACAUCAAGUGUAUCGGAAGCAUAUCCGACAAAACUAUCCAACGAAGAGAACAAAGUUUUAGAAAAAUUAAGGUCUAAUGACACAACAAUUCUUGAUGUUGCCAGCAACAAUAUAUCAGAUGCAGGGGCAAAAGCAAUUGCAGAAGCCUUGAAAACAAACCAAACAUUAACACAUCUUGGUAUUGUAAACAACAAUAUAUCAGAUGCAGGGGCAAAAGCAAUUGCAGAAGCCUUGAAAACAAACCAAACAUUAACACGUCUUUACAUGUCCAACAACAAUAUAUCAGAUACAGGGGCAAAAGCAAUUGCAGAAGCCUUGAAAACAAACCAAACAUUAACAGAGCUUGAUAUUGAGAACAACAAUAUAUCAGAUGCAGGGGCAAAAGCAAUUGCAGAAGCCUUGAAAACAAACCAAACAUUAACAGGUCUUGGUAUUCAGAACAACAAUAUAUCAGAUGCAGGGGCAAAAGCAAUUGCAGAAGCUGUGAAAAAGCAUAAGCUUUUAAUCGCUGAGGAUUCGAUCUCAAUAGACUUUCGAAAAGUUCUUUUUCGUUUUCAAGUUCAUGCAGAACAUUUUGAAGAUGUUCAAGCAAAACGACUGAAGAAUUUGUCGGAUCGCGUUCGCUGA